AAGUGUUUGUUGACAAACAUGAACGCAGUUACGGCGAGACGUUUGCAGCCUUUAUAUAGUGCCUGUGAGUCACGUAACUAUAAACAGGCCUUGGCAAUUGCCGAUCGGUUGUUAAAAAAAGAUUCUGGAUUAGCUUGUGUUAAGGUUUUAAAAGCACUUUCAUUGGUUGCUCUCGGGAAGGAGAAGGAAGGAUGGAGUCUACUUGAACCCGUUAUUGAGCAACCUAUGUUGGAUUUAACUACUUUGCGGACUGUUCUCCAUGUUUUAAACGAAUUGAAAAAAUAUAGAGCUUUGGCUGGUGUACUACAAAAAAAUCUAGUUUAUGUGACCGGCGCUGAAGAAUUAUGGACACUAUUAUUUACCACAUAUGUGCGUUUAGAAGACUUUUUGCUUCAAAAGCAGACUGCAAUAAAGAUGUUUAAACUUUUUAACAACGAGAAUUAUUAUAUAUGGGCUGUUCAGUGUUUAUUACUCCAGUGCAAAUUUGACGAGAAAUUGGAAGACACGACAAUCCAUCUUUCUUUGGCGGAAAGAAUGUUGGAAAAGGCCGAGCAUAACGGCUGGAUUAAAUCUGAAGACGUACUCGAUUUGGCGCUGGAGGCUUUUAUUCUAAUUAACAAGCCCCUUUCAGCUGCGGCUCUUCUUGAAAGAAAUUCCCAUCUCUUCUCCGACGAUGUGCGCAAGUGGCGGAUUCUCGCUCGCCUCAAUGCAGAUGCUCAGUGCUGGGAAGUACACGAUAAUUACCAACAGAAGAUUCUCAGCAAAUUCCCGGAUGACUGUGUUUCAUAUCUUGAAUAUAUCCGUUCGGUUUUCCGCGGAGACUGCUUUAAUGUCGAUCGUUGCAGGGAUGUCUGGCAGUUUCUGUCAGUUACUACGGCGCAGUAUGAAGGGGAAAAGUCUAUGCUUCGGGGGCCUCGGUUUGCACGACUUUUCUUUGUUUUUUCCUGCCUGGAUUCUGGUUAUAACGAACUUUCGGAAGUGCUGGACUUGCCUUCGUUAGAGUUCCUCUUGGUGGACUAUUUUGCCAAGUUUGGCGACAAGCUGGUCUGUAGUACGGAUCUUGGGAUUAUUCUUCCGUCCAUCUGUCCAAGCCUUCUUCUUUCUUUUUUUGAUUCACUUCAAUCUGCAUACGAUAAUUUUGAUAAGUUAGACAGUUCGUCUAACCUGGCAAGACACGCUUCUUUCCAGCGGCUAAAGCGCCGGUCCGGCCUCAUGGACGCAGAAACAUGUGAAUCACUCGUGGCUCUUUCUGAGUCACUUUUGACAUCGAACUUGACGCAUGCUAGGGACGAUUUGCUGGGCUUCUCUGCGGAGCUUCUGCUCUCCGCUUUUCUUAAAUCAGGAUGCGUUAAGCACUUGCAUCAUGCCGCUUUGCUUUUGCGGUGCGCUCUAAAUAAGUCACCUUAUGAUGCACGUCUCAAAGUACGGCUCCUCCUUGUAUACAAUCAACUCGGGAUGUUUGCGAGCGCGUUUUCUUUGUUUUCAAGUCUGGACGUCAAGCAGAUCCAAGUAGAAACGUUGAGUUACCUUGUAGACGACAUCCACGUGGCUUGUGGCGACUUGGAGCGGCGCAUGCACCACUUUGGUUUGUGCUCUUCGUUUUACUGUUCUGCUGGUGGCGAGAUUGCGGAAGCUGUGGUGAAAGCCUUUCGCUUCGGCACCUUUUCGAAGAUUUCCGAGUUGACUGCGUUCAAGCAGAAAAUUAAUGCUUCCUUAGCGAAGUUGUUCUACAGCGUGGAGCUUGCUUUUUCCAAAUGUUUUGGAGCCACCCACAAACAAGCAUUUAGUUACUUGAGUGCUAUAAUUGUACUGAAUCCGUGCUUCGAGAGCCUUCAGGACAACAGAGACUUUGAGAUUCUAAAGCAUCACUCGGAUCCUGAAGCACAAAGUCUUAAGCAGCAGCACACUGAAAGGGCUAAACACUGCCGGGCUCAUUGGAUCCAGCAUCGGAUCCUCCUUGCUCAGCUGCUUUGCUGUUCUUUUUUCUACGAAAAGAAGCCGGAGUUGCUUUCUAGCUAUAAAAAUCACUUGUCUUUCUGUACUUCCACUUUCGGUUCUGCUGUGCUUGGCGAGUUCGACGGCUACUCGUUUCUUUAUAGUCACUUUAAAGAUUAUAAACCGUUUGGGUUGCUGUAUGAGAGUCUCUUGCUAUGCGCUUCCGCCUUCUUUUCAGCCGUUCAAGUUGAACACCAGAACGCACAAGCGGUGUCUGCGGUAAAAAGCGCUUUAACUGCACUGCUACGCUCGACCAAAGGGUGUCUAGGAAGUGUCCCUUUCUCUUCCGUCGACGCUCAUUUUUUUCGCGUCUUAAAUUUUGUUUUUGAGAUGUUUGCCUUCCAGAGUUUAGUUUUGCAAUCUUUUACUCGUUCAAAGUUAACUCGGAAGCAAAAGAAAGAGUUGCCGAUUUUAAGCGUUCUUCAAGCCGUAGCGGAUCACCUUCGUGAUCUUCGCGAAUGCUUAGAAGCUUUUAUUCAGCGCAUCUCCGCUCUUCCUAUUAACAAUCAUAAAGCGGUUUACGAUCUGCUGCCCGAAGAGAGCAGACUAUUUUCCACGCAGUUGGCUGAUGACCUUAAGCAAAAUUUUACUUUUUAUAUAAAAUUAUUAUACGACGUUAAGAAGAAUCUCGAGUCUAAGCAGUUCCUUUGA